UGAAUCAUUCUGUUGUGUGGCUUCUCAGGUUGGUCUUUGGUGUUCUUUGUGCCAUUUCAAAUAUCCAUCUGGUUUGGUCACUCAAUUGCAUUUCUAAUCAACUUUCACUAUGUAUCAUUAAAAAUUUACAACUCAAUUCCUCUGAUUUGGGUUCUCUUAAGUUUCCUGCCUAUUCGAAAAUUGAACUGCAACACGCGGAAAUGGAUUCCCUUUCUGCGGAGGUAGUGCAACGAAUGAAGUGGGUCAGCAAUCUAACGAUUACUAACGGAGAUAUCGGCAAAAUUUACCUGAAACAUGAGCUUCUGGAACUGAUUGCUAGUAACAGUAAGACAUUCGAAAUCAUCAUAGGCGAAGGUAUUAACACAGAUCUGGAAAGAAUGGUGAUAACCGGUAACGAACUACUUGGCAUUCCAAAAAAUAUUGAAUUUCUUAAAUCGCUGAUGAUUCUGACACUAUCCAAUAAUAAAAUAGAGUCUGUUGAUUUUGAGCAAGUUAGUAAAUUAGAGAAUGUUUCACAUAUAGAUUUAGCGAACAACAGAAUCUAUUAUGUUAUUCCGUAUGAACUGUUUGAACUCAGCCAUCUGGAAUUUUUGGAUUUAAGUAAUAAUUUCUUGACUGAGAUUGAAUUUACUGGAUGGAUCGUUCCACGACUACGGACUUUAUCUAUUCCAAACAACAGUUUAACAUUUACGAAAGGUUUUAAUGAAGAUGCCUUUUCAUCCAUUGAACGAUAUACUGACAAUAAUAAUGCAUUCGACUGUCGCUGGCGUGCAGAAUUUGUUUCAAAUUUGAAGCAAUGGGAAAAAUCCAAAAUCUUCAAAAUUUCACCACAAGACUGCUCGAAAGGCGUUCAACUGAGCUCAUCAACUUACCGGAAGCUCAACAUGAGGGAUGAUCGCAACUAUACGUUCAAGUUUGACGGUAACGAUCAACUCCAGAAGCAAAUAAAUGAUAUACUGGAUGCAGAGGAAAAGCAGACCAAGCGAAUUGAAACACUGAACAGCGUGAUAACACAACAGGCAGAGCAGCUCAAAGAGACAGCGAGCAAACUCCUUACUCAACAGACGAAUAUUGAUAAGCUGCUGGUGCAGAUCGAGAGUCUUCAAAGUAAAAUGGAUGAUGUGGCUUCUACAAGGAAAAAUGUUACAACAGGAGCACGGGAGAUUACUGUAACCGUUACAUUAUAAUAAAAAAAUGAGAUAAAAAAAUUAUGAUUU